AUCUCAAACUCUCACUCGUUUCUAUCACUUUCUCCCCCUUUUUCCUUAUAAACCCAAGACAACAAAACACAAAAAUUCCAUUCUUUUCUUUUCUAAACAACGCUUUUUAACAAACAAAACCAUCAAAAACAUGUUGUUGUUUACACUUCUACUUCACUCCAAUCACAAACACUUUUCAUAACACAAGCACAACAAUGAUCAUCUUCACCAAAAACAACUAUGUGUUUUUCAUUCCCAUUUUCUUUCUUGUUUUUUCUUCUUCUUUCUUCACAUCAGCUUAUGCAACAUCACCACCUGCAAAAAUUGUGAGCAGCAUUGCAUCAAAUGUGGCAUCUGCACUAUUCAAAUGGCUCUGGUCUUUAAAACCCGCAGCCAAAAUUGGCAUGGGUGUUCCGAGUCGUUCCAUGGUGAAAUAUGAAGGUGGGUAUAGUGUAGAGACAGUGUUUGAUGGGAGUAAACUUGGGAUUGAGCCAUAUUCAGUGGAGGUAACUUCAUCUGGGGAGAUUCUUGUUUUAGAUUCACAAAAUAGUAAUGUUUACAAAGUCUCAACACCCUUAUCAACAUAUAGCCGGCCAAAGCUACUAGCUGGUUCACCUGAAGGCUAUUUUGGGCACGUAGAUGGGAGGCCAAGAGAAUCCAGGAUGAACCACCCGAAAGGACUGACAGUGGAUGACAGAGGAAAUGUGUAUGUGGCUGAUACCAUGAAUUUGGCUAUUAGGAAGAUCAGUGAUGCAGGAGUUGUAACCAUAGCUGGAGGAAACGGGGCAAGAGGGACUGGUCACAUUGAUGGUCCAAGUGACAAUGCAAAAUUUUCAGAUGACUUUGAUAUAAUAUACGUUGCUAGUAGCUGCUCUCUUUUAGUUAUCGAUAGAGGUAACCAGGCAAUUCGAGAAAUCCAACUUCAUGAGGAUGAUUGUUCUUCUUAUCAGUAUGACGGCGAACACCAUUUAGGGAUAGCAGUUCUUGGUGCUGCUGUGUUCUUCGGUUUCAUGCUAGCCUUAUUGCAACGUAGAGUUUCUGCAAUGUUUUCAUCGCAAAGUGAUCCAAGACCUACAAUGCACACAAUUCCACCACCUGUACAUCGAAGGGUUCUGAAAUCAGUUAGACCGCCCCUAAUUCCUCCAGAGGACGAGAACGAAAAAGAAGAAGAGGGCUUAUUUGGUUCACUUGGGAAACUUUUUAUCAAAACCGGAACAACUGCAUUUGAACUCUUAGGUGGUUUAUUCGGUUCCAAAGCGAAACCACUCCAUCCUCAACUUCAAAUGAAUUACCAGCAACCCACUUCAUAUCCCAACACCUGGCCCAUGCAAGAAAGCUUUGUAAUUCCACAUCAAGAUGUACCCCCGCCACUAGAUACCCGAAAACCAUUCCCGUUUAUGACCAAGAACACAGAACCUGCAGAAAGACCACGCCCUUCUAAGCAGACUCGAUAUCUCUAUGGGGGACAAAACAGUGAAUACUACAAUCAGCAACAACAAAUGCAACAAUUUCAACAACUGCAUCAACAACAACAUCUUCGGCAACAACAUCAUCAGAAACACCAUUCAUCAGGUCCUCAGACUUACUAUGAGGAAAAGAGCGAGACAACCAAAGAGGUGGUUUUUGGGGCUGUUCAAGAACAAGACAGAGAGCAUGGAGCUGUGGUGAUUAAGGCUGUUGAUUAUAGUAAUCACCCGAAUUAUGGUGGCCAGAAUGUUCGAUCCAGGUAUAAUUACAUGGGUUAUGCAUAUGGUUCGUAUUCAUGAUGGUUUUAUUUGUGUUUCAAUAUUAGUAUGAACAUGUAUGAAUAUGAUGAUAGAUAUCUUGUAGCAUAGAAAUUUAAAUGUUAUUCCAGUAGCUGUACUAGUUUUGGGUUUGUAUUUAGGAGGAAUUAACAGUUUUCCCCUCACAAAUCAAGAAUUGUUGUAUUUAAAUGUCUGCUAAUGAUUUUCAACUUACAACUAAA